AUGGCUGCGUGGAGAGGAAACGACGGUCUAGUAAGGCGAGCGCUUGGUUGGCUUUGCAAUGGGCGACGAAGAUCUUGCUUGUGGAGGAAUUAAGUGGCGGCUUUUCAGAGGCGAGAGAGCGGUGAUUACUGUGGAAUUCUAAGGAGGAGGAAGAUAGGCGCGUCUGGUUCUGCACAAGCAGAUGGGUGCCAAACCAGGGAAGAGAUCCGGGAAGUGUAGGUCGACGGUUGGAUUUUGUUCGACGGCUGAAGACAUGUAAGGAUCUGGUCACGAGGUGUGGUCAUUAUCUGACAAGAAAUUCUUCGUUUCACGAUGAAUUAGCAAGAUCCAAAAAUUCUCUAUUCACUACAUCAGAGGAUGCAUCAGGGGAUGACCUUAGGUAACUGAAAGUCCAUGCUGAUGAAGAACAACAAAAGUAUGAACAUCAAAUACCCCGGUUAUUCCAAUCCUCAUAACAGACGCGAAAGGUGAGGUGUGGCGUCCCUGAUACUAUUCUUGAAUCUUGAUAGUGAAAGCUGAAGAGAGAUGAAAUGGGUAUACAGUUCUACUGCAUAGGUAGAAAUUCUUCACAUCAGGUGCGCAAAACACAGAAUGUAACGACAGGCAAGAAUGCUGUUCAUCUAUUUACCAAGACAGAACCAUGGUCCCGUACAUGCUAUUUGGUAAGGUUGGGGUUGGCUUCCUCCGUGGAACACAAGUAUUUAAUCACAAGCAGAAGCGUAAUCUGGUUAAUGUUAAAUUGAAAUGGGUUAAAGAUAGGGCAUUGGAUGCUGUUGUGACUGCUGAGAGGGAUCUCAAAGCUGCCUGUGUUCUUGUUUCCAUCAUCUCCUCCUCGUCUCAUGGCUGCCUCCCCAUAUACCAUCUCUCUUGUCAUCGUGGACAACUCAAUCUUCCUUAUGAGCUCAAGGUGUCUACUUUCAUUAGGAGAUACCCUUCUGUUUUCCUAGAGUCCCAUGUUCACGAUAGCGGUGGCACUCGUGUCCCAUGUUUCAGCUUAACUCCUGAAGCCAUAAAACUCCACCAAGAAGAGUCCAAUCUCGUCCAGCAGAAUCAGAUUGAUAUCCUUAAUAGGCUUCGGAAACUGCUGAUGCUCACUAGGGGAUGGAAGCUUCCUUUACAAACCAUUGACCAACUGAAAUGGGACAUAGGUUUGCCAUAUGAUUACCAGCAUUCAGUAAUUCCACAUCACCCUGAUCUAUUCUCUUUUAUCAGCUUACCAGAUGACCGUGUUGGCUUGAAGCUCUUAUCCUGGGAUGAUGACCUCGCUGUCUCCCAAUUGCAAAAGAAUUCUGCUAUACAACAAGAGAAAGAAGAUAUGAGAAAUGGCUGUUUAGCUUUUCCAAUUGGAUUUACUAGGGGUUUUGGAUUGAAAAGAAAAUGCAUGGAGUGGUUGAAAGAGUGGCAAAGCCUCCCUUAUAAUUCUCCAUACUAUGACACCUCCCAUAUAGAUCCUCGUACAGAUGAAUCUGAGAAGAGGGUUGUCGGAGUCUUCCAUGAGCUUCUUCAUCUCACUAUACAAAAGAAAACUGAACGGAAGAAUGUGAGCAACCUUCGUAAACCUUUGGCCCUACCCCAGAAGUUCACUAAAGUGUUUGAGCGUCAUCCAGGUAUUUUCUACAUUUCAAAAAAGUGUGACACUCAAACUGUCAUUCUGAGGGAAGCCUAUGAUCAUCAACAACUCUUGCAGAAACACCCUACUGCAGAACUGAGAGAAAAAUUUGCAAUGCUGUUGAGGAAAGGUUUGCUGGAUAGGAGCAACGGUCUAUACAAGAAGAGUCCAGGAGAUGUAUCCGAAGUGGAUCCAUUGAAACAUAAUAUUGUUGAUAAUAUCAGUGAUUACCGAUCCAGCUUUAAAGAGGAUUCGGAGAAUGAUUUGCUUUCUGAGUAUGAAUCAGAUGAACUACACAAUCCUUGCUGAGUCUAGAGUCGAACUUAGCAGCUGAAUUUUAUCUACAUCAUUGGUGUAAUCAAUUAGUAGAUAUGCAUUUCAUACAAGAUUUCCAACCAUUUUCAGAAAAGGUAGCUGGACAGGAGCAGCGGAAAAGUCAGGUGUUAGUCUAGAAGAAGAAACAAACAGUUUAGCACAUAUUAUGUCAAGUUACUUGGUAUUUUUGUAAAGGUGCAAAUCAUUCCAAAGUUCUACAGUUUUUAUUGUAAUUCUACCAAUCUGUUGUUCAUUAAGCUUUGUCGAUGCAUCCGACAAGUUAUUAUUUUUUGUUACGAGAGACAGAAUUGAUUUCU